AUGGCACGUCAAAUUGAAGCUCAUCACUAUUGCAGCCAUCUUAACGAUGACUUUCGUCAAUGUAUUAUUUAUGAUUCUAACGAACCUAAUGCUAAACUGAUCGGUGUUGAAUACAUCAUUUCAGCUAAGCUCUUCCAAACACUUACUGAGGAUGAAAAGAAGUUUUGGCAUUCUCACAUUUAUGAGGUGAAAUCUGGAAUGUUAGUCUGUCCUUUCGGAUCUUUGGUCCCAACGGCUGUUGCUGAUAAAACAGAAGGGAAGGUGAUGGAAGAUUUGAUCAAUACUUACGGCAAGACAUGGCAUUUUUGGCAAGUUGAUCGAGGCGAUCCCUUACCUUUCGGUCCACCUCAGCUUAUGAUGGCUUUCACUGGAGAUAAUCAACUUUCGCCAAAAGCACUUAAAAAUCGUGACGAAAGACUCAAUGUUUCUACCGCGCAUAAAAAAGAAGCGCGAGCCCAACUUCAUGAAACUUACAAACGUGAUCCUGCUGCUGACCAUUGGCUUGCCAGAGAUGAUAAUACUGUAUAUCAAUGUGAUAUGAAACUUGUCGAGCAAAAGAAAAUCGUUCAAG